GGCAGCUGCUCUGAGGGGGAGAAGACGCGUCGUGACGUUAGGGGGCGUGUCCUUCAAAGCCAGGAUUAGAACGUGCAAGGCGGGAAACCGAGUCUGUCAGUGAAGCAAAACUGAAUCGGGAGACGAGAUGUGGGACUCGUACAUGCCGGUGGAGGCCAGCCUUGGCCGGGAGGAGAACUUCCUGUCACUCGAUGACCUGUUGAUGUCUCAGGAGAAGCUGCCAUGCCGGGUGGAGAGCGGCUUCCCCCGCCUGGGCUUCCUGGAAAAAGGGGGAGACAGCGACAAUAUCCCUGAGGGCACCAAGAUGGAGUUGCCGCUAUGGAUGGUGAAGGGUCUGUAUGACAAUAAGCGAAGAAUUGUUUCUGUUGAGCUUCCAAAGAUCUACCAGGAAGGCUGGCGAACCGUCUUUAGUGCAGAUGCUAAUGUGGUGGACCUGCACAAGAUGGGACCACAUUACUAUGGCUUUGGCUUCCAGCUGCUCAACUUUGAGAGUCCGGAAAAUACAGAGAUUGCAAAGACAAUAUUGCAGACCUUCAUUGGUCGUUUUCGGCGCAUCAUGGACUCUUCUCAGAAUGCUUACAAUGAGGACACGUCUGCCCUAGUGGCAAGGCUGGAUGAGCUGGAGCGAAGCUUGUUUCGGGCUGGACAGAAGGGCUUGAAUGCUUUUCAGAGCUGGGAGCGUGGGACAGCAUAUCAGAUCACGGCAUCUAAUUUGGUGCAGAGUUACAGGAAGAGGAAAUUUAAUGAGACUGAUACGUAGUGGUUGCUCCUAAUCCCUACUGUUGUCAUGGAUGCCGACUCGUCAUCUGAGGAUCUGGGGCUCAUGUCUCCCAAUUUGUCAUUCUGGUAUAAAUAUAAAGGAAUAGAUAUGACAGUGCAUAUAUAUCACAGCACAGGAGCUGCAGGGGUGAUGUAUUCUGAGCUGCAGGCAGUAAUGGGCCUUUCAUUGCAGGAUUGAUCAGCUUUCCUGGAAAAGGCUACACUUAGCUCUAUAUAUAGGAGAAUGGAUCUCCUGCUGACUCAUGUGUACUGCUUAAAAUUCACACUGUAAAUAUACUCUAUUACUUUGAGGUAUAAAGAAUCAUUCACAGUAAA